AGUCACCAAUGCAGGCGGGAAAGCUGGAUAUGGAUACGAGUAUACCAUCACGAAUGCACCAACGAGAUUACUUCUUACCCGAAAAGAGACCCCGCAUCGACGCCCCGCACCUGAUAGACUGACAGGAAUACGGUCAAGUGCUUUUUGUAAGCUAUGUCGUGACUCAUUGCCGGUAUAUAAAUACUACGCCAUCUCAAAAGCCCUGGGUAGUGUUCCCCCAAACGCUAUUACGGCAAUCUCAAACCCUCGAACGCCAUGGCAGGAAAUCCUACAAGUCUAGAAGCAGAUGAACGGGCAGCAUACCUGCUAGACGCCCAAAACAAAGCCAUCCAGCUCUUUGAUGAGAUCGAGCGAGAUCUCCUGCGCUCUGGCGUGGGUGAAAAGCAACUCAGCGACGAGAUCUACGAGCUCGCCCAACGACACGGAGUGCGCACCCACUGGCACAAACGGGUCAUUCGAAGUGGCCCCAACACGUUGAAACCCUUUGCCGAGAACCCUCCGGAUCGCAUCAUCCAACCCGAUGACAUCCUGUAUGUCGAUCUAGGACCCGUUUUCGAAGCUUGGGAAGCGGACUUCGGGCGCACCUUCGUCCUCGGAGAUGACCCGCAUAAGAAACAACUGCGUGAUUCGCUGGAGCCCGUAUGGAACACGGUCAAGUCGCGCUACCUUGAAAAUCCAGAUAUGACCGGUGAAGAGCUAUAUGAGAUUGCGUGUGUGGAGGCGAAGCAGUCUGGGUGGGAUUUUGGCGCUGAUAUCGCUGGGCACAUUGUUGGGUCUUUCCCGCAUGAACGUAUCCCGAAGGAUAGGGUUACCCUUUACAUUGCUCGCGGGAAUAAUCGGCCGAUGACUUCUCCUGGUAAGGAUGGAAAGAGGCAUCAUUGGAUUUUGGAGAUCCAUCUUCAUGAUCGGGCUCGUGGGCAUGGUGCUUUCAUGGAGCAGCUUUUGACUGUUGGAUGAUGCUGGUUUUCUCGCUGGAGAUUGGGCUUGUAGGAUGAUGAGAUGAUCAACUAUUUCUAGAUGUAUUAAUGACCCUACUUCUUGGAUAUAGUGUCUAUAAUACUGGAGUUUAUGGAAGAUAUGGUCGGCCUCGAAGCGUUCCUCAACUGAUCGUUUCGUUGCUUCCGGCUGACAAGUGGAUAGAAUAUGCAACUGGCCUAUAGGCGACGGAGCUCUUAUAGUAUGUUGGAACUAGACCCAUAAGUUAUCGAUCGGCCAUUUUCGAGUACAAUGGAGCUAUAGGAUCUCUCAUCUACUGUGUACAUGAAAUGUCGACUGUUCUGUGGAGUAAUUCCACGAGCGGUCUUGUCAAAGGCAAUUGAGCUUGUAUACAAAAUCUCAACGAAACACAGCACUCUCAGCGCCGAAGCGUCUUCCUAAUGAUUCGAAACUGAGCCUGUCUACUACACUAUUCC